AUGAAUAAUAAAGAAUGGAAAAGUAUUAACAUAAUGAUUAGUACUAAUCCUUAUCGUAACAUUUCUAAUAGUUAUGAUACAGUAGAAUUAUAUUACAUUAAAUAAAAUUAGAUUAAUAUAUAUAAAAAAUGCAAGUAAUGUAAAAUUUAAAUAGAUAUUGAUAAAGCAAAUUUUAAAACAGAAUUGAAAAGACUUAGAAAUAAAGGUGAUUAAUAAUAAUAAUAAUAAUAACAAACACCAAAGAAGGAUGAUAAUAAAGAUAAUAAAAUAUAAUCUUAAUUACAAAAGUAAGAAAAAUAAUAGACUGAUUAAGUUGGAUUGGGUGUUUAAGCCACAGAUUCAGAAUUGGCAUAGAUCAAUCAUUAUUAUAUUUAUUUAGUUUAUAAAAAAUCAAUGACUCCUGAUUUUGCUAUCUAUGAGAUUGAUGUGGUUAUGACUGAUGAAGAAUAAGGACCUGCUGAAAAAAUGAAUUAAGGAUAUCGAGCUAUUGCAAUACCCAUAAAAUAAUAUACAGGAGCCAGAGAAAAAUAUAAAACAGUACCUUAUUUAUUACUUAAACAUACUAUGAAUGAAUUAUCUGAUGAAAAUGAAAAGAUGACUCUUUUAGUUGGAAUCAAACCAUUAUUUGGUAAGAAUCCUCUCAUUAGACCAGAUUUUGGAUAUUUAAAAAUAAAUUUAGACUUAAGAUAAACUACAAAAGAGUUUAUUAGAAGUAGUAUUGAUUAUAUUUACAUUACAUAAAACACAGAUAAAUACUAUUUUGUAAAAGUAAGAGAAUUAUAAAUAUUGAUUCAUUAAUUAAAUUAGAAAAGUCAUAUUAAAAAGUAAUUUCAUCAAGUAUAAAGGAUAAUAGUAGAUUAGAAUUGGAAAUAUGUUAUGAUUUAUAAUCACUUAAAGAAUUGAUGGAUAUGAUCAGCAGUUGUUUGGUUGGAUCGUUGGGAAUCCAUUUCUUAAAAGAAAAAGGAGAUUUUCUAUCAUAAUUAGUAUUUCUGUUAUGGAGAAAAUAUUUCUGAUCACCUCUUUAUUAGAUGAAAUUUAUCGAUAUUUUUAAGAGAUGAAUAGAAAGGAUUAUAGUCGUUAUGAUAAAUUAAUACAAACAGCAAGGGAGAUUUUUUUAAAUGGAUUAUUAGUUUGA